ACCUGGCGCCAAGGAAUGACGUCAGGCCGAUGGGAGCUGCGCCCUUCGGGGGAUACCAUGCUGAGCGCGAGCGGCGCGGGGCUCGCACGGAGCCUGUGGGCGGCGACGCGGGCGCGGCUGCUGGGCUCGCGCUGCCCUGCCCUGGCCGCGGCGUGCGCGUCUGGCGUCCUCGGCGCGGGGGACUGGCGGCCUCCUCCCGGGCCGGGGCCGCGCGCGCGCCCGCUCAGCCUGUCGGCCGCGGCCAUAGUGAACUCGGCGCCCCGCCCCGUGCAGCCCUUCCUGCGCCUCAUGCGGUUGGACAAGCCCAUUGGAACCUGGCUGCUAUAUCUGCCAUGUACUUGGAGCAUUGGUUUAGCAGCUGAACCAGGUUGUUUUCCAGAUUGGUACAUGUUAUCCCUCUUUGGCACUGGAGCUGUUCUGAUGCGUGGAGCAGGCUGUACUAUUAAUGACAUGUGGGACCGGAACUAUGAUAAAAAGGUAACAAGAACAGCAAAUCGCCCAAUAGCUGCUGGAGACAUUUCAAUUUUUCAGUCCUUUGUUUUUCUUGGGGGACAACUGACCUUGGCACUGGGUAUUCUUCUGUGUCUGAAUUACUACAGUAUAGCUCUGGGAGCAGCAUCCCUAUUUCUUGUCAUUACCUACCCUCUAAUGAAGAGAGUUACAUACUGGCCUCAAUUGGCCUUAGGGUUCACUUUUAACUGGGGAGCAUUACUUGGAUGGUCUGCUAUCAAGGGCUCCUGUGAUCCAUCUGUUUGCCUGCCUCUCUAUUUUUCUGGAAUUAUGUGGACUCUAAUAUAUGAUACUAUCUAUGCCCAUCAGGACAAGAGAGAUGAUGCUCUGAUUGGUCUUAAGUCCACGGCACUGCGGUUCCGUGAAAAUACUAAGCAGUGGCUCAGUGGCUUCAGUGUGGCAAUGCUGGGGUCCCUGAGCCUGGUAGGGGUGAACAGCAAUCAGACCUUACCCUACUACGCUGCUCUGGCUGCCAUAGCAGCCCAUCUGACUCACCAGAUUUACACUCUAGACAUCCACAGACCUGAGGAUUGUUGGGAUAAAUUUACCUCCAACCGAACAUUAGGACUAAUAAUUUUUUUAGGGAUUGUCCUUGGGAAUUUAUGGAAAGAAAAAAAGACAGAUGAAGUAAAGAAAAAUAUAGAUAGUAAAACAGAAAAUUAGCCAAUGAGUUUUAUGUAUGAAUUUUUUAAGACAAACUUUUACAGAAAACUCUCAGGUCUUGUUACCACAUAAUUAGAUUUGAAUAAGCAGUCUCACAAUAUGUUAAAGAAUUAAGAACCAAAAGAUGAAGACUUAGAACAUAUUUGCCAGGGUUUUAGUUCAGUUAUUUACUAGUAAAAUUCUUCCCCUAUCCCAGGAAACUAGGGACUCUUCGGGAUUUGAGAUGACUGAGCAUUUGCAUGAAUGUAUUCUUCUGCUUGUUACAAUCCUCAGCUCCAGGUAUGGAAAUUGUAUGAGUUUGGGCACUUUAGAGGAAACCUGGUAUGUAUCUCAUCUAAAUUAAUGUCUAUAGGAAACUGGACUUUCUUUUUAAGGAAAAAUGAAAGCAGCUGCAGAAAUUUGAGGUUUAUUGUUCUUCACUGUGACCUUUCCUCAUUGCCAAAAACUGUAAUUCAGGAAACCAUUCUGUUUUUUAUAUUUUAGGAGAAUUUAAAAGAGUAAAUAAAAAUUUUUACCUACUGUA